AUGGUCUCUAUGAAACACAUCCCUCUCGUCUCGACCAUCGUUCUCGGUCUCACGAGCCAUGUCACCGCUGAUUUCAUCGAGGACAAUGGUCUUGAGGCACGAGGCGAGGACUUCCUCAACGAUGGUCUUCUCUUAGAAACCCGUGACGAUCUCGAUGAAAGAGAUGUCUGGGAAGAGCUGGAGGUGCGAGCCAAGCCUCCUGCUAACAUCCCUCGCCCGCCACCAAACCGACCUACCGGCGUUGGUUAUACUCACGGAGGCCGUGGCCGAAGAGAUCUUGAUGAAAGAGAUGUCUGGGAAGAGCUGGAGGUGCGAGCCAAGCCUCCUGCUAAUAUCCCUCGCCCGCCACCAAACCGCCCUACCGGUGUUGGUUAUACUCAUGGAGGCCGGGGCCGAAGAGAUCUCGGUGUUCGAGCUAAGCCUCCUGCUAAUAUUCCUCGUCCCCCACCAAACCGACCUACUGGUGUCGGUUAUACUCAUGGAGGACGGGGCCGAAGAGAUCUUGAUGAAAGAGAUGUCUGGGAAGAGCUGGAGGUGCGGGCCAAGCCUCCUGCUAAUAUCCCUCGUCCCCCACCAAACCGCCCUACUGGUGUUGGUUACACUCAUGGAGGUCGGGGAGUCCGAGGACGAAGAAACAUUGAAACCUGGCUCAUGGCCCAAAACCAAAGCGACCUGCCCGCGUCAGUCAUGCCAAUGCAGGCCGAGAACAAGCAGCCCCAAGAGAUCUUGAUGUUCGAGCUAAGCCUCCUGCUAAUAUCCCUCGUCCCCCUCCCAACCGACCUACUGGUGUUGGUUACACUCAUGGAGGUCGAGGCCGAAGAGAUCUCGGUGUUCGAGCUAAGCCUCCUGCCAAUAUUCCUCGCCCGCCACCAAACCGACCUACCGGCGUUGGAUAUACCCAUGGAGGCCGAGGCCGAAGAGACUUGGGAGAGGUGGAGGACUACGAGUAAAGAAGACGAGAGACUAGGUUCUCGGAAGAAUAGACCCCCCCGGCUUGGCUUGUUUGAAACCAACUCCACAUUGACAUGGAUAUCUGAGUUCAUCGCAAGUGGACUCAGAGACGGUGAUUGUUGA